AACAAAACGUGUUAUCUGAAACUGGCAGUCCUCCCCAGUUCAAACUUAAUACUUCAUAUUACUAUGGAUCUUCAAAAUCCAUCUGUCGUGAGAGCUUACAUAUCGAGAGAAGGAAAACAUAUUUCAGUGCUGAAUGAAAAUCAUGUAUUGUCGAUUUAUCGUUAUCAGCCGCUGGCUGAGAGUGAGUUAAUCAAACCCAUUUGGGAAGUCGAAAACGUUCGAAGUACGAUUUGGCAUCAUGAAGAAUCAAAAGUCCUUCUUAGUAAAAGAAAUGGGGAUUUAGAAUGGAAGUCUUUUCGCAGAAAUUCCCCUGCCACAUCAGUUCGACUUGCUGCAGAAACCCUGUUGAAACACCUUAUACUAAAGAGAUUGGAAUUUGAUAGUCUGAAACAAAUUCUAUGCCUAAGUUUUCAAAGGAAUUUCUGCAUUUUGCAAACUUCUGUUAAACAAAUUGCUUGUCUAUCUUGGAAAUCUGAUCAAAAUAGUGACAUUAUCUGGGCACUAGAAGUAGGAGAGUUUGCAGUUUGGAGUUUCUGUGAUAAAUUAUUUGUGAACUAUGAACCUCAUACCAAAAGUCUUCAUUUAUACUCAUUGUUUGAAGGCAAGAUUAAACAAACUGUGCAGCUGGAAUUUUCAGACAGUUUGUCCAUAAGUCCUGUCAGGCAAAUUUGCAGCAGCCCAGAUGGAAAGAUAUUUGCUGUGUUGACUGAUAAUCUUUUGAUUGGCAAGAAGGCACUCAAAAUAUUGUUACAAGAUGGGAAAAAUGUUUCUGAAGUUUCAAUGGGAACUAGCUGUAUAGCCGUUUUUACCAAACACCCUGAUGAAUACCUUCUUUUCAACAUUAUAACAUUGCAAAGGAUUUAUCGAUGCCAAAUUGACGUCUUCGAGAUUAUCAUUUUUGCUCAACGAUUUGAUCGAGUGGAUAAAGCAAUGAAAAUGCAUUCCGUUCGAGAGCUAAAAGAGGCGGAAAAAAACGACGUUAUGGUUAGCAUCGAUGUUCGAGCUUCUUUGCUAACCACUGCACUUACUUCACAACAUUUGGAAAGUACAGCCAACAUCUUGAAGAUUGCCGAACAAGGAAGUGAAGCAGAAAUUUGCCAUAUUCUUCACGUAUUAGACAAUUUUUUGGUUACAAAACUUGUUGAUCGUGAAAAUCUAAGAGUGAAAGGCAACAGGAAAAACUCGAUGUCUUCUCCGUUCGGGUUGAAAAUACUAGGACUUGGUCUCGGGUUCGCUGGACGCGCUUAUAAGAAAUUCCCUGAUUGCGCAACCAUUUUCAAUUUAAUCUUCGCGUGGCAGGAACUGUUGCCUGUAAAUGCUCAAGAACCAUUCAGUUUUCAAGGUAAUCAAUUGAUUCAAGAAUUGUCCGUGAAGUGGCAAGGAUGGGAUGAACACACCAUCAUCAAAGACGCGCUUAUUCACAACCAUCUUCCAUUAGCUCAGUAUGUGCUAUCUAGUCGAGAUAACUGCGACUUUCGAGAGCUGGGUCUUAUUCAGAAAACAAUAAUUAGUGAAAUUCAGCGGGAUAUCAUAGAAUAUGAUUUCCGAAUGAUUGACGAGGCUGAAACUAUGAUCAAAAAUAUGGGCUGCGACGUUCCUGGAACUUGGGAGAAAAUGUGCCUUCAAGUCGACAAUCCCAAUUCGAGGAAAAAAUUGGUAGAAAUCCUACAACAACGCCAUCUAUGGACUGUAGAAUUGACGGUUUGUUUGGACUUUAUCACUUUGGUUGAGUGUUUCGUUCGAGACUCUCUUGGUAAUGUGCCCGUCUUAACAAUGGAAGUUGUUUCUGGAUGGAACCCAAAACAAAGAAGUCUUUAUUUAGCAGAGGCCUUCCUACAGUCUAGGAACGAGGAAGUUUUAGCGAGAAUUCAACCUGAAGAUGUUUGGCAAGUCAUGUUGAAUAAGCAGAUCCUUUCCACUCUGAAGAAAUGGAUUGAGAACCAGUCGCCGUCUAGUCAUACCGUAGAUGAAAGUUUGCCGUACAUCUGGCCAAUAACUAACGCUAUGGUCGAUAUGGCUUCCGAGUGCACAAAUAACGACACACGGGAAUCAGUGUUAAACCUACUAGCUAUUCAAGGCAUCUUCGCUGAAUGCGAACGUCAAAAUUUAGUGGCUUUUGUUACCCGGCUACUAGCCAUCGGUCGAUUUCAUCAAAUGGAGAAUAUCCUACAACAACCACGGUCAAACGUUUCAUUGCAGACCAUAACGACUGCAGCUCUCGAUUAUUGCGCUCAAAUUUUCCACCCGGAAUUGUUUUACGACCUGAUUGCUGAAGAAAACAUUGAUCUGAAUGAUCGCCCAACUUGGAUGAAACUAGCGCAACGAUUUCAAUCGUGGAAACUUGAUUCUUGCGAUGCCGAUGGCUUUAUGGAACUUUGCCGUUUGAAUAACACCCUGCUUAAAGAGACGGACCAGCUUAUGGAAGAAGAGUUUUGGAUUAAACAUCCAUUUGUGACUUUGUUUUUUCAUUUUAUGAAUCCAACUCUAUUUCCUAGCAGAACUGUGGCCAAGUCAUUGAAGAGCCUCCCGAUGCUGGCGCACGCUUGCGAAAAUAUCAUAGAAGAUUUAUCAAUUCGCCAGUUGCUUGUGGGAGAAGUCCCGAUCAACGUGAACCAAUUUUUCAAAAAUCCUCAAAAACAGUGGGAUUUAUUAGAACAUCAUCAUCCGGCUCGGGAAGAGAGUGUCCGCGAAACCAACCAUGGUCUCACAACAAGCUUGGAUUGGACGUUUUACUUGAAACAGAGUCGACCGUUCCGGGCAUUCUUCUAUCUACAGCAAAGCUCAAGAACAAAGGAAGAGAUCGUUACGUAUCCUUUUGCGAUUCAAGCGAUCAGCCUAGAAGAUCCAUGGGACAAAGCUAUUUUACAAUCGUGUGUUUUGCUUAUCGAAAUGCUGGGCUGUAACUCACACCCCAUCAGAAGUACCUUGGCCGUUUUACAACAACUAAUUCAAGAUCCCACCUUAAAUCGAAAAAGUCUCAUCGAUGUCAGUCGUGGUUUGUUAAUCGACGUCGAUGUGGCCAACAGCAUGAGCGAGCAAAUUGAAAAUUGCUUAUUGAAGAAUGUUUCGGAUGAUUCUGAUGCAGUGGACCUCGUCGACAGCUGGCACCUAGUGAUAGAUUUUUGCACUGUCUACGGCCUCGAUUUGCCGAUCAAAUUUUUAAGUCGAUGCGCUGGUCGGAGUCAGUGGUUGAUAUUUCUCAUUUUCAUCCAAAACUACAAAUAUCACAUAGAUAGAUAUUGGAAAGUAUUAGCGGAAUUUCCUUAUCCAAUCAAGCUUCAUCUCCAACUGGCCAUGAAACUGGAAGCGUCAACUGAUGAAAAUGUCCAGCCGUCGUCCAGUCUCACAUUAAAUGUAGAGUCUUCAAGCGAAAUCUUCUAUCGAUUACUUCUGCGAGGCUCAGCACCGGACGGCCCCAAUGGUUCUCAACUUCUUACCUCCUCCCUAGUUAACCGCAGCGUACAAUUGUCAGUUCUUACUGCAGUACUAGAACCUCAACUGACAUUCCCUUGUGUCUGUGUGUAUUUGUCAUUACACUUGCACGAAAAUUCACCGAUGUUGGAGAACGAAACAACUUUGAUUCAGCCAGAUACAGAAACGUUAAGCAAUUUGGUACUGGAGGCCAUGACCAGCAAUAAAUUCGACAUUGUUCUGGAAGCUUUCAACAUCUUCGUUCCUCAUCACUGGCUAACUCGGAUGCUCAAUUGGCUCGAUUCCUUUAUGAAAGGCGAGACGGAACGUGAUAAAUUAGAACUCGUCCGCGAUGCCAUAAACUUGUACGAAGAAGACUGCGACAUCGUUUUAUUUCACAAAUCUAUGAAUCUCUUCGGAUUUGCUUUGCAUAUUCUUUCCUGGGCACUGUGCUACCUCAUCCAAGACGCCGACCAACAGCAGGAUAUGUUGACUAUGUGGGCGGAUGUUCAGCCCUUCGACUCGUUGGCCGUUGACGUUUCAGUUCCAGAUUUUGGACUGUUAGCCGAAAUAGUUACCCUUUGCGUCGACUCUGGAAUUGUGAUGAACAUUUCCAACUUAAUGCACGGAAGUAACAGUCUGCCUUUCCAACAAGAGUGCCAGCAUGCGGUUGAAAUUCUUCUUGAUCAGAGACAUUUUGGCAUAGCAUUAAAACUGGCCAAAAUGGCGGAUUUGCCAGCGGAUUCUAUAUUUGUAACUCAGCUUUUGACAACGUUGGACAGUCAAACUCAUCAACAUGAAACGCAGACGGUAUCUCUUCGCUUCAGAACGGCCUUUUGGAAUCGCUGUCAUCAACUCCUCACCUUCCACCAUGUGCGGCCUGAUUUGGCUUCUGCCUUCUUCCGCGAUACUUUACCCAAAUCGCAAAGCCCAUGGGAAUCUCAUUUGAUGAUGGAUCACGCUCUUAAAUGGAUGCGUCUUGUGAAACCUUUACCAAAGGAAGCACUGGCCGAGCUGGAGGUAUUGUGGUGGCAAACGCGGAUCGAAGCUGAUCUCGAUUCCCCUUCGCCGUCUCUUCUCGAUCUUCAACAUCCAGACUCCUCGACAUGUCCUCUUCUUAUGGCCAAAAUUAGUGAAAUAGCGGAUGAAUUACCCUACGCCCAACCAAAGUCAAAUUACAGUGAAUCUUUUCUAGAAAAAGUCUCCGAAUGGAUCGGCCGAAACCUGGAUGCAGAAGACUUGGUUGGAGCCCUUAAGCUCUCUGCCAUGUUUCAACGACAAAGUGUUGAUCUUCUCUUGAUCCUCUUCAUGAUUGAUUUGGUGGAGAAUAACGGUGAUAUCAGCAGAGUAAAAGAGAGACUAUUACAAAUCACUCAGCUGAAAGAUAAAGAGGUGGAAUGGAAGGAUCGACAGUCAGUUGUUGAAUACAUUGACAAUGAGUUGCUUCAGCACGGACACCGACUAAGUCAGCGUCUCUCGGUUUUCCACCAAGUGGCUGUAACUUUAGAUUUAAAAUAUGACUAUGUGAUUGAACACUCUAGACCGAUAUCCAUUCUGAAAAUGUUAUUGGAAACGCCAUCUCAAUCGGGUCUCCCAUUGACCAUCGGCGGUCAUUUGAAUUUAGCUCGAAGCUGGAUUAUAGCUUCUCGGAUCGCUGUGACGCAAGUGGUGGCUCUAGUCAAGGACGAGCUUAUUGAAGCUGCCCGCUCAGCUCAUGGACAUGUUAGCACAGAAACGAACAUGGUUGUAUCACUUCUUCGUGGCACCUUCAACCGAUGGGUAACACUUUGUGCGGAUCCCACUCAAUUAGGACGGGCCCUUUUGGAAGCGGCGCUAAAUCUCGAACAAAAUAACGAGUGGCCAGUUGCUGUAGAGCUGCUUAUUUUCUCUCAUUCCAGUUUCACGCUUGCUUGCGACGUCGAGAACAUUGGCCAAAUUCUUAGUCAGGCCCGAUGCUUCAUCGACAAACUUCUUCUAGAUCAACAGUGGAUCCUCAUCACUCGACUCACGACCGGAAUUCAGCGCUAUACUGAGAUGAGCUAUGUAUUCGAACUCUUGAAGGAGCACGAUCAGUUUGAAUAUCUUUUGAGGAAGGGAAUGGAUCGCCUUCCGCUCUUGCGACAGGCGUUGCUCGAUUUCUUGAGACCCAAUUGCCUAGAAAACCGAGAGCUCUUUCGAUUAGUAGCGCUUCAUUUUCAUAUGCAUGCAGAAGUGGCGGGAAUGUGGCAGGAUGAGGCUAAUGGUCUUCUCAAGCCAAUCGUCGAUUUGGCUUUCAAAUCGAUUAUUAAGAUGAACAAAAAACCGAUUGGAUCGCCGAUGCCUAAAACAGUGGAUUCAUCGCCAGCCAAAAAAUCCCUAUCGAAUUGGUCACUAGAAACAACCGUAGCCACUUCCGCCACCAGUUUACCGAUGCUCAGAACUGGACCGGAGAUGAAAAAGGUUCUAACAUCUGCUAUGCAUAAUCUAGCCCAUGCUGCCGAAUACUUUCUCCAGGCUGGAAGAUUGAAUCACGCUAACAAGUGCGCAUUGCAAGCCGAAUUGGUUGCGUUGCAGAUUCACCUAGUUAACCGCGCUAUUGAUGGCCAUCAAAUUUAUUGUAUACUUGGGCUUAAUUCAGCUCAAGUUGAUAUUCUCAUAUGCGAAACCCUAACGUAUCCGGAGGCUGAGAUCAUUUCACGUGGAUACGGCUUCAAUAUUUCCUGGGGGAAGGCGUUGAUGAGACAUUACAUAAUUAAUGGUGGGACAGAGUACUUGGAACGAUUCGUGCGCCGUCAUACCGUCACACCAGCGAUAGUGGAAGAGGUCGUUACAGAUUUCGAACAAGAAUCCGGUCUCUGCAAAAAGCAAGAAAUACUGGAUCGUUUAUCCCGCCUUGUCUCAAUGUUGACCGAUGCCGAAGCCAAAUAUCGACUGGCGUCACGCUUAAAUCUUAGACAUCUCGUCAGCGAACUGCUUUCUUCAUCGGCGCUUCCAUAUCUAAAAGAUACAGCAUGGGGAAAAAAAGCCAAUCAAGAUUUAUAGAUUCAAUGAACAUUCCUUCGCUAUUUUUUUAAAAUUCCAUUUAGUUAAAGAGAAAUAUUUUUCUUGUUAUUAUUAGUUUGCAAGCAAUUUACGUUAAAGUGUAAUAUAUUUAGAGUUUGCAAUAUG